GUUUGUUUCAAAGGAAGAGUCUGGGCCGAGCCGCGGCCGCCGUGCGGAGACCCGGGGCUCAGCCAGGAGAGCAUACUGACACGAGAAAGGAGAGGCUGCUGGGAACUCCGGGAUCCCCUCUUCCCCCUCCCCUCCACCACCGAGCGCCCAGGAGAGGGCGCCCGAACCGGAAGACCUGGAGAGGAGGGGAAGCCUAUUGUGAUCGGUCCGUGGCGGUGGCCGCAGGCAGCGGCCAGGUCGUGGCAGCGAUAAUUCUUCAUUAACUGCUAACGAGCCAGCCAGCUAGAUCAUUCAAGAUGAGGCGAAAAGGACGUUGGCAUAGGGUUUCUGCCCCCAGAUCAUCUACUUCACCGUGUAGUAUUAAACAUUCUCCUACAAGGGAGACCUUGACUUAUGCCCAGGCACAAAGAAUGGUUGAGAUUGAAAUAGAAGGUCGAUUGCACAGAAUAAGUAUAUUUGAUCCUCUGGAUAUUAUUUCUGAUGAUGAUCCUACUGCUCAAGAAAUAAGUGAAUGCAAUAGCAAUAAAGAAAACAGCGAACAACCACCCCAGGUUUGUUUACGGUCUAAAAGGCAUAAAGCAAGUAAUGGGAAAAAGAAAAGUGAAGUUCUUCCAACCACUCAUGGACAUGCUACCACCAGCACUCUCCCAGAGCCCAAAGUCCGUGUUGUAGAAUGUAGUCCCCCAUCUGCUCCCAAUAGGCCUGCUGCAUACUACACAUUUCAGGAAAAGUCCUCAGAAGAGCUGGAUAAGGAAGUGGAGUACGACAUGGAUGAAGAGGAUUAUGCGUGGCUAGAAAUGGUUAACGAGCGACGAAAAAGUGAUGGUUUCUCUGUAGUUUCUCAAGACACAUUUGAAUUCCUUAUGGACCGGUUUGAAAAAGAAUCUUAUUGUGAAAACCAAAAGCAAGGAGAUCAGCAGUCAUUAAUUGAUGAGGAUGCUGUGUGCUGCAUUUGCAUGGAUGGAGAAUGUCAAAAUAGUAAUGUUAUCUUGUUUUGUGAUAUAUGUAAUUUAGCAGUACAUCAAGAGUGUUAUGGUGUGCCAUACAUACCAGAAGGACAGUGGCUCUGCAGGCAUUGUCUUCAAUCACGGAAUACAGCUAUUGAUUGCGUGUUGUGCCCGAACAAGGGAGGUGCCUUUAAAAAGACUGAUGAUGAUCGAUGGGGUCAUGUUGUUUGUGCGCUCUGGAUACCUGAAGUGGGAUUUGCAAAUACUGUUUUUAUUGAACCAAUUGAUGGUGUACGUAACAUUCCCCCAGCGAGAUGGAAACUAACUUGCUACCUCUGUAAGCAAAAAGGUGUUGGUGCCUGCAUUCAGUGCCAUAAGGCUAACUGUUAUACAGCUUUUCAUGUAACGUGUGCCCAGAAGGAUGGAUUGUACAUGAAAAUGGAGCCUGUGAAGGAAGUGACAGUCAGUGGUACAACAUUCUCUGUAAAAAAGACAGCAUACUGUGAUGCACAUACUCCGUCAGGGUGUAUGAGGAGGCCAAUAAAUAUUUAUGAAGAGCCUGAAUCUAAAAAUGGCAUUUGUAGAAAAGGCUCUGAUAAACCCAUCAGAUCAACGUCUAAAGUUAGGAGGAAAGCUAAGAAAACAAAAAAGGCUCUGACUGAAACCUGUGCAAUAAUACCAAGUGUCAGUGUACCAGAUAUUCCACUUCAAAGAAUAAAUAAAAUAACAAACCAGGUUUCUAUACAGCGAAAGAAGCAUUUUGUUGAGAGAGUGCACAGUUACUGGCUACUGAAGAGACUUUCAAGAAAUGGUAUUCCUUUACUGAGACGAUUGCAAUCCAGCUUACAGUCGCAGAGAAAUAUACAACAGAGAGAUGAUGAUGAAGAAGUUCAGUCCUUAAAAAAGAAAUUAAAGUACUGGCAGCGGUUAAGACAUGACCUUGAAAGAGCAAGAUUAUUAAUUGAACUCAUCCGAAAACGGGAAAAGUUAAAACGCGAACAGGUAAAAGUGGAGCAGGUUGCUAUGGAGCUACAGCUGACACCACUGACUGUGCUCCUACGAUCGCUACUAGAACAACUACAGGAAAAGGAUCCUGCUCAUAUAUUUGCUCAUCCUGUUAAUCUUUCAGAGGUUCCUGAUUACAUGGACCACAUAAAACAUCCUAUGGAUUUCUCUACAAUGAAGAAACGGUUAGAAGAUCAAAGAUACAGAAAUUUGAAUGAGUUUGAAGAAGACUUCAAUCUCAUUAUUGAAAACUGCAUGAAGUAUAAUGCCAAGGAUACAAUCUUCUUUCGAGCAGCAAUUCGGUUGCGAGAUCAGGGAGGAGUAGUAUUGAGACAAGCUAGACGUGAUGCGAAUACCAUUGGUUAUGAUGAUCAAACGGGAAUGCAUUUGCCAGAGCCACCAAAAAUUGAAACUCCCCCACAGUUUUCAUGGGAAGAUGUUGAUAGACUACUGAAUCCUAAUAACCGUAUGCAUAUGGCUUUGGAAGAACAGCUGAAAGAGUUGUUGGAGAAACUGGAUUUGACGUUUGCGAUGAAAUCAAGUGGCUCUAGAAGUAAACGAUUAAAGCUACUCAAAAGAGAGAUUAACAACAUCCGUCAAUUGCUAUCGCAACAGCAUGUACAGCCUCCACAAAUAGAAUCUGGUAUUGGAAGCUUUGAAGAGGAGAAUGGAUCAAUAGUGGAAAAUGAUGGUGAAGAAGAUGAUGGAGAUAAAUCUCCCCCUAAACUUGAACCAUCUGAUGCGUUACCUCUACCUUCAAACUCGGAGACUAAUUCAGAACCACCAACCCUCAAACCAAUAGAACUCAAUCCAGAGCAGAGUAAGCUAUACAAAAGAGUCACAUUUGAUAAUGAAUUACAUAGUACUACUGUUCAGGAUGAAAUGGUAAAUGGACACAAUUCAGAACAUUUACUUAAGGACAGUAAUCUCAGUGAUUCUACAGAUUGUGAAGUAGCGGAAUCAUCAACUGAUGUAAACAGACGUACAUCUAUUCUCUUCCGCAAAUCAAAAAGUGUAAGCCCCCAAAAGCCUGCAAAGAACAAUGAAACACAGCCAACUUCACCACAGAUAGGGACCAAAACCUUUUUGUCUGUAGUCCUUCCAAGGUUGGAAACCCUUCUGCAACCAAGAAAGAGGUCAAGGAGCACGUGUGGAGAUUUAGAGCUUGACGAUGAGUCCCCUGUGAAACGUUUGGAUACAGUGCCACAGGUCUAUCAAGAAGGGGCCUGCAUCGCUGCUGGGGCUGGAAACGUUUGAUGAAAGGGCCUGAUGGAGGCUGAUGGGACUUGUACAGAAAGACAAGCUGCAGUCAGUUAACUAACUGCAUAAAUCAGUGAUACCUAAAGAGGCUAAUCAGAAUGCAUAUAUCUUACCUUGGCAUGGAUGGUUUAUGGCUGCUGACGACCCAGCAAAUUUCUGCUCCUGACGCUGAAAAUCAAAAAUAUGCAGUUGUAAUGAGCUGAGGAACACAGACACUCGAGGUUUGGUGUGAAAAUUUGUCCAGUCAUAUGAAUCCUGGGUUGAAGGUGUUGCAAGGACCAGAAUAUAGCAAAAUCACAACUCCAUGGAUCCAUGCUGUUGUGAUUUAACAAUACUGAUUGAAGAUAGUGCUGUCAUCUUGUUGGCUUUGGCCCACAUAUACUGUAGUGCCUUAAUGCAAAGAGAGCAAUGUUUAAAUGCUAUAGGAUAUUUUUACAAUUGCUAUUAAUUGUCAUAAAGUGGUCAGUCACCAUGUAUGUAUGUGAACAAAUGAUGCUAACAUCACACAAAGUGACAUUUAGAUUGGUCCACUAUUCAAAUGUAUCACCACACAUUCCAAUAUCAUUUUUUCUGUACACUUAAGUCGUGGUGAGGAGCUCCUAACACAGAAGACCUUUUUAUCAGAUUUUUGCUGCACCAAAAAGUAGAUUUCACUGUAAACACCCAGUUGGCCAAGAAUGUAAAGUAAGCUGUGUAUAAAAUGACAAUACCAAAGAAGUAAUAGACUAAAUAUCUAGUGACUAAUGGUUUGUUAAAAGCAUUAGCUGUGUCCCACAGUGUAACCCAGAAGCAUUCCAAGAUACCAGUGUUCACUUGACCACUUUGUAUAUGUAAGGAAAAGGAAGCUCAAAAGACCCAAUUAGAAGGGGUGUUUAGAGUGUUUCUUCUGAUUGGGGCUUUUAUUACUUUUCCUUGCGUUUACUGCCAACCAUAAAUAUACGGUUGUUUUUUAGAUUCAUUGUUCUGUCCUUAUCUUACAUUACAACCUUUGCAUUUAAGAACCCUUUCUGUAUACACUUUGUAUAUGUGUAAAUUGUGUGUUAGUUGAAACUGCCAAUGGAGAUUUUCACUUGAUAUGGAGGUUGUAGCAUUAAAACAAUGCAGCUCUCAACUGCCAGUAGAAGUGGGUAUGGAGUCACCGUAACCAGCUGGUUUAUCCAGAUGCCUGUUAGUGAGCAUUAUUAGCAGCUUAAGGCCAGUGGGUAACCAGCCUGAACAUUAUGUAGUUUCUGAUUAUACUUUAGUGUCAUGCUUUGUCAAUAUGGUUUAUUCUUAAAAUACUUUUAUUUUAGUUCAGAUUCGCUUCCAGAAAGGAUUAUCACCUGCUUAAAAUAAAGCAAUUGAUACACACCUAAUGGUGUGUAAUAUACAAGAGGACUGAGUGUAAGUUUGGAGGUAAGGUUCAGGAUAGCCAUAAGGAUUAAUGUUUUACUAGUUAAAGAUAUUUUACUACAGUUAUUUCAGGUGUUCUGGGAUUUAUGCUUAUGGAAGGCUUGCUUUGUGACUAUUUGGUUAGAUGGCUGGUCUAUUUCACCAGGUAAUUCUGUGUAGUGAUCAUAACACAAUGAUUGAUUACUACGUCACAAGUAGCCCCAAUGCAUUGUGAACAGCUGAAGUGAUAGUCAGUCAGCCAUAUUGGCUAACUUAUAUUUUUAUAUUUGUUUGUUACAGAGAAUUAGACUUAAAUAUAGAAUGUAGAACACUGUUGGUACGAAUUAAUUUCGCAGUAAUAAGUUGAUAAAUUUAUUCUGAUAAUGCUAUUGUUUUCUUGCACAUAUAUAAAUUUGUGUGCAGCAACUACUUCUGUAUUGCAGAACUACAGUCCAGUGAAAUGUUUGGUGCCUUAUAAAUGUUGAUAUAGAACACAAAGGGAAGAAUUCAAUUGUUUUGCGGGCCCGAUCUCCCGUCUAAAGUGACGGGAGAUCGCGGAGCGCAAUACAGGAUUUUUGUUUGUUUUUUUACCACCCAGACAAGUUGGGUUUAGCCAUGUAAAGUGGCUAAACCCGACCAAACUAAUGGGCGUAACGCGAAAAGUCCCGUUUGAGUACUUAAAUUGGUCACUUUCCGCACAUUUCAGCUCACCACCCGAGUUAGCGAAAAUAACAAUUGAAUUCCCCCCUUAGAGAUUUAUGAAACUGAAUUGCACUGCUGUUAAGGGUUUUGUUUUCCUCUUUACAUUGUUAUGUAAGUUACAUGUGUUAAAGCAUCACCUUUUAGAUUUUCCUUUAGCAAUCACUUGUUUUUUUUUUUUGUUAUAUAAAGAAAACAUUAGUAAUGUUUUUGUGCGCCUGCGUGGCCCAUCAACUACCUCUUUCUAUAUUUGUAUAUUUUCAUCUACAGAUAUGUCAGUAUGUUAAUGUGAACAAAUAUUAAGUAAACUGUAAAUAAAGGUUUUAAAAAUGUACAAUUUUGUUUAAAAGUGAAAUCCUUUCACAAAUGUCAAUAAAAUUUUUUUUCCAAGA